UUCUGACGCGAAAGCCACAAAGCAUUGAGAGGAAGGCCAGACUAUUUAACACACUCGUACCCUACAUUGCCUCUGUGUUAUAGAAACUUAACCUUCUAUGGAAUACGUUGUAUACUGGAUAUGCGCCUGCAUUGCCUUCCUUCGAUGAAACAGUCUGCCCAAAUGAAUUGCUUGACUGAAUAGACGUCAGAUACAAGUCAGGGAAUCGUCGUGUAUAUACAGUACAACAUCUUCGUUCUGCAGUUUAAACUAUUAGAGGUAUACGAUGGGGACUAGUUUAACGUCACAAAAGCCUGUUCCAGAUGUCGAUCUAACUCAGAAGACCGUGAUUGUCACUGGAGCAAACACAGGAAUCGGGUAUGAGACUGCAAAAGCAUUAGCCCAGCUGGGGGCAAAGGUCAUUGUGGCUUGUAGAUCCGAAGCCAAAGCAAAUGAAGCCGAUGACCUUGAUGUCGAGUUCAUGACCCUUGACCUUUCGUCAAUCGCCAGUACAAUGAGCUUCGUAGAGGCGUUCAAAGCCAAAGGGCUCCCGCUUCACGUCCUAGUGUGCAACGCCGGCAUUGUCUAUGGAGGCGAAGCCCAAACAGCUGACGGCUUUGAGAUCCACUUCCAGGUGAAUUACCUGUCACACUUCCUUCUAACUCUCCAUCUACUUCCGGUGUUAAAGGCUUCCGGGGGCAAUGCAAAGGUCGUAUUGGUUUCAUCGAUGGCUUAUCGACAAGUCGGCUGGCACGAAGACAAUAUUCAAUCGAAUAACAAAGACCAAAUGACAAGAUAUGGAAGCACCAAGCUUUAUCAGAUUAUGGAGAUGUUCACAUUAGCAGAGAAGCUGGAAGGAACUGGAAUCGGCGUGUUUUCAUUGCAUCCUGGUUUUGUCGAUUCAGAUAUUUUUAAGAAGGAAAACCAACAGAUAUCUGGACCCACGAAAUUUGUUGUCGGCAUGCUAGCGUCAAUAAAGUUGUCACGAAACACAUUUGACGGUGCCUUAACGACUAUCCACGCGGCUGUCGACCCGCAAUACGACGGUAAAACUGCGCUCUAUUUCGAGAAUACAAAACCAACCAGACUCAAGAGUUCGGUAGCCACAAACAAGGACAAGCAAGAAUUCCUGUGGAAGUACUCUCUUGAUUGCCUGAAGGAUUACGUCACUGAAGACACGCUUAAAGAGCUGACGUCACAAUGAUGUAACAAUGGGCAAAAGGAUUCACACAACUCAUUGGCAUUUAUUACGGAAUAGAUGUUACAUGUCAUUAGUUGUUCUAAGAUAGGAGCGCCAGGAGUGUCACGUUUGACAGACAUGAGCGCUAUACAAGAACCCACCAUUAUUAUUAUUCAGAACUUGACAAAUGUUAAUCCAUGAUCCAUAAAUAGAUGACGCAUUUCUUUUCCAAAUCGUGAUAAAGAUAAUCUUUUAAAUUAAUGAUUCUGGUGCCUUUUAUUUCCUUGGGUAAUCGACAUGUCUUGGGUUUUAUCAAUGUUAAUUUACGUGUUUACCAGUGAGUGUGUGCGCGCACAGAGUACUAUUUAUCAGAAUUGUGUCAUUUUUUAUCAAAUUAGUAGUUCUAUUUUGGUGCUUAAACAUAAAUUUGAGUUCUGGUAAAUAGAAUAAUUUAUCUCAGAAUCCAACAAAACUAACACUGAAUGUUCAAGCUCACAAAUACAUGACAUGUACCAAACGAUUUUGGUAAAAAAAAUGUAUAGUGGAUGAGUACUGAGCUUAGAAAAAUAAGGAAAUCCGGAUAAGUAGGCCCGUCACCAUGUCCUUAACACGGUAUGCAAAUGGGAGUGU